AAAACACAGCUCAUAAAACAAUCUGAAACGCUUAAACCCUAAAGGGCCCGAAACAGCUAAAACCCUGCAAGUUAGAGGGCAUUGUAGUUACGGUGAAAAUGGUGAAAGGUUCAUCAAGUAUAGAGUUGCAGGGGGCGGAGCAUUUUCGUCAGCGGGUGGUAUUGUCUUCCUUGUCUGGCACUACUUUGCGUAUUCAAAAUAUUCGCGCUGAUGAUGCAUCCCCUGGCUUACGAAAUUACGAGGUUUCCUUUCUCCGUCUUAUGGAGAAAAUUAGUGAUGGCUGUGCUGUGGAGAUCAACGAAACGGGGACAAAGCUAAGAUACAAGCCCGGUGUACUUGUUGGUGGAAAGUAUUUGACGCAUGAUUUUGGUACGGCCAGGUCAAUUGGCUACUUCUUGGAGCCUUUGAUUGUUCUUGGACUUUUUGGCAAGAAACCCCUUGCUAUUACACUCAAAGGAAUUACAAAUGAUGAUAAGGACCCAUGUGUAGAUACUUUCCGGACUACAACAUUGCCCAUUCUUAAGCAAUUUGGCAUUCCUUUGGAGGACUUGGAACUGAAAAUUGUUAGUAGAGGGGCACCUCCUAAUGGAGGAGGAGAAGUGCGUUUAAAAGUUCCAAUUGUGCAAAAUAGUUUGACAGCUGUCACAUGGGUUGAUGAGGGUAUGGUAAAACGAAUUAGAGGAGUAGCUUAUUCUACAAGAAUAUCCCCUCAAAUGGCUAAUCGCAUGGUAGAUGCUUCUCGUGCUAUUCUGAACCGACUGUUACCCGAUGUUUAUGUUUUCACUGAUCAUUAUUCGGGCCAGCUUUCAGGGAGAUCUCCAGGUUAUGGCAUAUCAUUAGUGGCUGAGACUACUACUGGUUGCCUUAUAUCAGCAGAGUGUGCUGCCAAUCAUACAAUGAGUGAAGAAAGUGGAGAUAUUUCUGAUGCAGAGAAUCAGAAAGCCCCAAUGCUUCCCGAAGAUAUUGGUUCACAAGGUGCAAUGAUGCUUCUUGAAGAAAUCAAGAAGGGUGGCGUGGUAGAUUCAACACACCAGGGUUUACUAUUUCUUCUUUGCGCAUUAUGCCCAGAGGAUGUUUCAAAAGUCCGUGUUGGGAAGCUCUCUGCUUAUGGUAUGAAAACAUUGCGCCACAUCAAGGAGUUUCUUGGCAUUCAGUUUAAUAUCAAGCCAGAUCCAACAACAGGCACCGUAAUUUUGACUUGUAUUGGUAGUGGUUACAAGAAUCUUUCACGUAAAGUUUCUUAGCCUUAACUGCAAUCUUGUUGUAUUAUUAAUGAAGCAUGUCGUGUUCAACAUCUAUGCGGGCCAGAAAAAGUGCAGCGAUGGUAAGUCUCCUCCGGUGAUUGUUCAGCAGUAUUGUUGGAGCUGGAAAUUAUCCUCCCAUGUAUCAUGAUAAUUCCUUUCAAAUGCCUAAAAGCAGAAAAAGAGACACUGCAAUUACAUCUGUUCAUCAUACUUUUCUAACUAGCUUUCUAGUUGGAGAUCUGAUAUUCCUUUGGUCUUUUUUGGUCUUUAUGUGUCUUUAUAUGAUGUAAAAUUUACUUGAAAGAGAACUUAAUCAGAAUUUACCUCUUUACUUGUCUA